GUAAUAGCGUCGCUGUUAAAGAGAAGGAGGUAAAAGAAGAGGUGUAACAUUUACGUAGCACUGAAAUUGUUUAAUUUCAGUUAAUCUACACGCAUUAGUUGUUCUUCAGUGAGAUACGAAAAACGUACAACACAGUAACACGUCGCAUUGGUUCAAGUAUCUCGCGCUCGGGCGUGUGGUGUGCGUGUACAUGGUGGCUUGGUGUAAAAAGAAUGGAGAAACACGUCUUACAAGCUUAUAUUUUAUUGUUAAUUGUUUAUUUAUGUAUUUUAAUAUUAGUAGGCGAUUAUUAAGCGGCCAAGUUAUAUAAACGGAAUAAUAAUAAUAAUAAUAUCGCCUAUUGGACUAACAGCAUGGAUGGAAGGAUAUUUAUUAUUAUCAGGACGCAUAUUUUUAAAGGGAAUUAAAAUAUAUCAAAGUUUUGUAGGUUUAAAUCUCAGCUAAUUUGAUGUGCAAUAAUUACACAAGUCAUUAUGAGCAAAUCCGUUAGGUGAAAUAUUGAACAUUGUUUGCUUAUAUAAUUAAAAGGUGACCAUAUAAAGCCCCGAGUAUGUUUCUAAUAGCACCAGUCACGUUUUAAGAAGCCUGGAAUACAUUAACUUCAAAACCAAUGGCCUUUCAUCACUGCACAAGCACCAAAUAUAAUUAAAGUGAAGUUAUGUACGUAUGCGUCAAUGAUAUAAAUGUAAAGUUUUAAAAUACGAUGCUCGGUCUUUAAUGAUAUUUUGUUGUUUUGAAAACAUUAACGUUAGAAUGGUCGCAAACGCAUGUAAAAGAGAAAUCUUUCCACAAUGAAUGAAUAAGAAGGAGUAAAGGAUCCUUUCUAUACGAAAUUAUUGUGACAUAUUACAAGCUGUCGAAGUGAACAUACAGUAAAACGUGAAGAAAGUAUUAAAUACCUUUUCAUUAUUUUAAGCUGAAUGCCCAUUAAAUGAAGUAUACUAAGCAGAGAGAAAAAUUGAUUGAACCCAGACCUAAGUGAUAAAUAGUAAACGACAAUGAUUGCUUUGGCUGUUCAGGCUUGUUUUGACAUUCCACGCGCCAGUAAAACUGCUUGGUCAAUUUAUAUAUUAAAUGUUAUUCAAUAAUAUUAACGCUGUCCCCCCAUUUUUUAUGUUUAUGAACAGAAACAAACACUGUCCUCGCGGUCCAUUUGUAGUUGUAGAUUCAGAUCCAAAUCGUUAUAUGUCUAACAGUAAAUUGUUUUGCGAUGUUUAUUUCAAGUAGCGGUGCCCGUCGUGGCUGUUUCUUUUGUUUUCGAUGAGGCAAUAAAACACUUUCAAGUUUCUGCUCAGUUUAUGGCAAGCUCUAAAGUAGUCAGCCAUCCGUAGGUUAUUUACCAGUUGACUGAAGGUCGCGACAGCUUUUUAAUUUCACAAAACGGCCGGGAUUUUCGAGCUAGUACUUUCAAUGGCAAACACCGUGAUGUAUAUUUAUACACAGUAGAAACUGUUGAUCACCUAAAUAAUAUGAUACCGUUUUGUAAAACCCUCCUUUAAUUUCAUGCAGAAUAAAAUGUAAUAUAAACGUACUGUAUUUUAUCCGGCAACGAGUGUCAUAAUUGUUAAGUGUUUGUGAAUUAAAAUGACGUAUUUCACAUAACCGAUCGUCCAACUUUCGCAAUGGUUUGUAUACAGUAAUCCUAUUGUUUGGCUAUAAAGCUAAAGUUUAAUACAGAUAUUUAGUAUUGUACAUACAUAUAGGCUAAUACGUAAUUUUAGUAGCGUUAUACUAAUUUGAUACUAGUUUUCUUGUCGGCUACUUCGUGAUCACAAUAGCCUAACAGCGCUAUGUAAAUGGCCGACCUGAAUAUUUCAGAAGCAUUUCCCUUCCUUUCAUACAAGAUAUCACUCUAAUUACAUCGGUUCGGAGACAGCAGGCCUACAAAUGCACGUGUUUUUGCUUUAUAUUUCACUGCAAAGAAACAAGUGCGAACAAGUAUUAAAGUUAUUUUUAUUAGUGCAUAAAUCGCUAAACGCUAUUACAUACUCUGCCCCUAUAUACAUAAAAAUAGUAUACAAACGCAUAAAAUGUAUUUGCACUAACGUCCUCGAAAAUAAUGGGACGGCUGAGGUGUACUGGCGAUUUGCUGGAAGCGGUCACCUGUCUGAUUUUAUGACUUCUCUAGCUUACACAGGCGUUAAGACAUUCUUCCGCAGUAAAACAGAUUUACUCCUAGCCCCCGCUCCAUGCAUGCGCACCACAUGUACACAGCGGCAUUUCUUUUUGGGGCAUCAGGGUUAUACCCUUACCAACGCGACCAGUAAACAUGCGCCAAAAUGGUUGUUCGCUAAAAAUGCAAGGAAAUACUAUUUUACAGAUAGCAUUGCUGGGCGCACCUAAGAACGUCAUGUUCAUCGUGUGAUUGGUGUUCCGAUAUCACUAUCAUUAUGUUAACAGCUAUGUUUUCAUGUUUAACCCAGGUAUAAUAUCCUCGCUACUCCCAAAAACGCUUUUAACAUGAUGUCAGUGAUGAAUUCUCGGCCUGCAAGUGUCUUGCAUAUUACGAGAAAUAUUUUAGCGCUGGUAGAGGACUGAGCCAGUGAAUGAUUCUUAAACUGAACAUGCAUUAAUAUAAUAAUAACGAGUGAAUUAAGCCGCCAAGAUUAAGAUCAGAACGAAGCCAGGUUGUUCCUUUUAAUCAGCGUCAAAUCGUGCGCUAAUUUACUGCGUAUCGAUUAAGUGUUUCUGCACUAAUAUAAAAGUUUCUGUGCAUCUUAAUUUCGUUUUCGCAUUCUUCGAAUCUAUAACAAAAACAGAUCGGUGUCAUUUGCUUUUAGGCGUUGGAGGAUGUUAUUUAGAUUAAAAGUGAAUAUUGAUUUAAACAUACAAAACAGAGGGAAUAAAAAUACAUUUUGCCGGAUAACAUGAAUUAAUGAACGAUAAACGCAGCUCACUUUCUAGGUUUGUCACGUUAGUCUUCACGUUGUUUUUUAUUCCGACAACGUUUUCAGGAUCUUUUAACGCACAACACGUCCGUAGUUGUGUUAACCCCCUAUAAAGUUAACGCAAUUAAAUUACCUAAAAUGUCGAAAUGCGUUUUAACUGAUUAUUAAUAAGCGUCUUCCUGCAAGCAAUAAACUGAAAAUUUUAUAUGCCCGAUAUACUUUCUGAAUUUUCAUUUUCAAAAAGGUUUCUUUAAAUCAUCUAUUUCAAUUAAAUCUGAAAUACAUUGCUAGAAAGGAAAGAUGCUUAUCGAUCUGAGAUACUACGUUGUCAAGAUAAUUCUACAACUAGGUAAUUGGAUUACUGUACCCCGCGUGCAGUUGGCUAAUCGAAUUUUCUUUUAAACACGACAGUCAUGAAUAUAUAACUAUAUAUAACAUAGACAUAUGGACACGUCAUGCAAAUGAAUAUACAAGUCUUGUUACGUUACUUUUUAAGUGUUAGUUUUUCUUCAUAAUCUCUUGGACUCAUACAUUCACUUUUUUACGGAUCGAUUCGAUUAUGGAUCAGAUUCUAGAACGGGACAGUCAGAAAAAUGACUAAAUAUUCAUAAAUACGACGGUGUUCAAUAGUAUGUGUCUGUGUGUGUGUGUGUGUGUUCGCUGGUGCUGUGCGUGCGUGUGUAUGUGUGUGUGUGCGUGCGUGUGUGUGUGAGUGAGUGAGUGAGUGAGUGCACUGCUAUUUCCGUCAAAUGAAUAAAAAAACGAAGUUUUCCCCCCCACUUUCCUUCUAUUCCUCGCUUUUUAUUGGAGGAACAUGGUCAGCUGACAUUGUCAUUCUCUCUGACUUGGGUUGAAGCCUUAGCUAUAACAUUCGAGCUGUGUGCCUCUAGCGAAGCCCUGAAAUAAAUUAAACAGAAAUCACAGUCCGCGCUCCUGUUAAAACACAGAAAAAAAUAAAGAGGGAGAGAACGAGAGACAGGGAGGCAGAAAGAAAAACGGAAAGAAAAAGAAAAAGUGGGAGGGAGGGAGAGAGAACGAGAGGGAGAGAGGCAAGGUAUGAAUUCGUAUUUCGCAAAUCCGUCGCUCCCUUGCCAUAUAGCUGGUGGUCAAGAAGUUUUACCCAACGUGGCUCUAAAUUCGUCCAGCUAUGACCCCGUUAGACAUUUUUCGUCCUACGGGACAGCUGUGGCCCAGAACCGGAUCUACUCCUCACCUUUCUAUUCGGCCCAAGAUAACGUUGUUUUUGGAUCCAGCCGGGGACCGUACGAAUAUGGAGCUAACGUGUUCUACCAAGACAAGGAUGUUCUGCCUAGCUGCAGGCAAACUAGCAUGGGACAGACUGCACAGAGCUCGCUUGCACAGGACUACACCUCGGAACAGGGCAGAACAGGAUCACAAGAGCAGAAAGGAAGCAUUCAAAUCUAUCCAUGGAUGCAGCGAAUGAACUCUCACAGUGGAGUCGGAUACGGGUCAGAUAGACGGAGGGGUCGGCAGAUUUACUCCCGGUACCAAACUCUAGAACUCGAGAAGGAAUUCCACUUCAAUCGUUAUUUGACCAGACGCAGACGUAUCGAAAUCGCCAACGCUCUCUGUCUUACAGAACGCCAGAUCAAAAUCUGGUUCCAGAAUCGCCGUAUGAAAUGGAAAAAAGAGAGCAAUCUAACUUCGACUUUGAUGGAAAACGGAUCUACCGGAGCAACUCAAGAAGAAGAGAAGGAGGAUACCGAAGUGGACACGGACGAGAAGAAAAAAGAGAAAACGCCGAUUUCCUAAUCCACAAAUACAUUAGUGGUAUAUUAAAGUAUAAUUAAACUACCUAUCUUACAUUUUAUUUGGCACAAUUUUUACACAUAGGUAUGCACACAUGUUCGCACGCAUAUAUGAGUGCGCGCACGAUAUCACACAAUUGCACACACAUAUAACGACAGCAAGAUGCAUUUAAAAUGGACAUCACUGUGCUAUAGUAAGAAACAUGCAAUUUCAGGAAAUACGUGUUUUUCGCUUUAAUUGUUUCGUGUCAGAUUUGAGUGAUCCAAGGUAUGGACAGAAUUCCAUUUAAUGACUUGACAUUCCCUGCUCUACGAGAAUGGACUGCGGUAAAACAACAGUUCUAGUACCCUUAAAACAUAUCGGACGCUUUAUAACUAAAAUACUUUGUCUCAUAAAAUUCUGUGAACUUGUAUCUGGCAAAAUGUUUUCCUUAAUGUGGAAACCUGCUGUGUGCUAGUUAAGCAGCGCCCACGUAGGUUAUUCCCGAUAAGUGUGAAGGUAAUGAUGCAUUUUGUUUAUUACGAGCAUUCGUGCUGUCUGUUUAGCUAUUUUCUUGUAUAAAUGCAUAUGAACAAAAGUUGUACUUGGACGAACGAUACUACCUGAAUUGUUAAUAUGACUGUAUAUAUGGUGUGCUUUAUUCAUGUCAGAGCUUUCGUGUACAACCUACAGCUUUCAGUGUCGUCGAUGCAUUAUGUUUAAAAGUGAGCAAAAUAGUCGUGUUGUUAUCAAAAAACGUAAAUUUUAGCAAGACGAAGUAUGGAAAAUACAUUUUCUUUUUUGUUGUUUGACAUUCACGUCCAAACGUAUUUGUGAGUAUUUAAUAAAAUUGUUAUUAAAAGUG